GGUCUCGGGCUGAACACCGCCUUCCCGCCGCAGCAUCAGGACCACCAAGGACAACAAUGAUGAUCCUUGAGCCUUAAAAUCCGCGCUGUUCCUGCAGCUCUGCAUCAUGACUGCGGCGGGGAUUCUGGAUCUGCUGCUCUUCAUCUGCUGCCUCCUGCCGCCCGCCGCCGCCGCUGCUGCUGCCGAGCUGCUCCAGAAUGAUGAUCCAGCAUCCGGACAGCAGCUGAACAGCAGCGGGCCGCAGGACACACAACACACACUCUCAUACCCCUCGCGCCUCAUCUAUUACCUGCACGAGAACUCCGAGAGCACACACCACGACCUGAACACACACGCCAAAACCCUCGACCCGCGAGCACAGGAGGCUCAUCUUGCACAGACUUCAUUUCAACUUCAAGCCUUUGGAUCGCAGUUCAUUCUAGACCUCACGCUAAACAAUGAUCUGCUGUCUUCAGACUAUGUGGAGAUUGACUAUGAGGAGGAGAAGCCCGUCCUGUGGAAGGGUGGAGAGCACUGUUAUUAUCAUGGUCAGAUCAGAGGGAUUGAGGACUCUCAUGUUGCUCUGUCCACCUGUAAUGGUUUACAUGGCAUGUUUGAUGAUGGAGUUCAUCUGUACACAAUCGAGCCGCUGAACCAGACACACACCAUUGAGGGAGCAGCGAGAGCACAUGUGUUACACAGGAGUGACCUUCAGCAGAGCCCGUCUGCACGAGAGGAAGGCAUGGAGGAGGACUUCUCCUGGCUUCGGCGGAGGAAAAAGCGAGCUAUACCGAGGAAUGUGUUUGAGGAGAUGAAGUACAUCGAGCUGAUGAUCGUCAUUGACCACAACAUGUUUAAGAGACUGAAGACCAAGCAGCACACACGCAACAAUGCCAAAUCUGUGGUCAACCUGGUGGAUGCUAUUUUCAAAGAGCACCUGAACACGCGGGUGGUCCUGGUUGCUGUGGAGAUCUGGACAGACAAGGAUCGCAUUCCCGUUAGUGUGAUUCCCUUCGAAAUGCUGCGAAACUUUUCCAAAUACCGACAGCAGCACAUCAGGCAGCACGCAGACGCAGUUCAACUGUUCUCGAACGUGACGUUUCACUAUCAUCAGAGCAGCGCAGCGUAUUUUGGAGGGAUGUGUUCAGUGAGUCAUGGAGUCGGAGUCGUUGAGUAUGACAGUCAGUGGACAAUGGCGCUCCAGCUGUCACAGAGUUUGGCUCAGAAUCUUGGCAUUCAGUGGGAUUCAGCAUCGAAGAGAAAGGAGUGUGGGUGUGGGAACGCCUGGCCGGGCUGCAUCAUGGAGGACACUGGAGUCCUGCACCCGCGGGCGUUCUCCAAAUGCAGCAUCAUCGAUUUUAAAGAGUUCCUGCUGAAGGGAGGAGGAUCCUGUCUCUUUAACAAACCUAGCAAGCUGUUUGAAGACACUGAGUGUGGGAAUGGAUAUGUGGAGGUGGGAGAGGAGUGUGACUGUGGACCAAGAGACGAAUGCUAUAAGGACUGCUGUAAGAAGUGCUCUCUGUCUAACGGUGCUCACUGCAGUGACGGCCCCUGCUGUAAUAACACAUGUCUGUUUUAUUCUCGAGGGCACACGUGCCGCUAUGCAGUAAAUGACUGUGAUAUUUCAGAGACGUGCACAGGAGACUCAGGGCUGUGCCCUCCCAAUCUGCACAAGCAGGACGGUUACUUUUGUUCUCUCAACCAGGGUCGCUGUUAUGCUGGCGAGUGCAAGACGAGAGACAGUCAGUGCAAAUAUGUGUGGGGUCCAAAGGCUGCGAGCUCGGAGAAGUUCUGCUAUGAGAAACUGAACACCGAGGGCUCAGAGAAGGGCAACUGCGGUCCGGAUGGAGACAAAUGGACACAGUGCAGUAAGCAUGAUGUGUUUUGCGGGUUUCUGUUGUGCACAAACACUGGCCAAAUCCCACGGGUCGGCAUUAUAAAGGGAGAAAUCAUUCCCACCAAUUUCAACCAUCAGGGCCGACUGAUCGACUGCAGCGGUGCUCAUGUCCUGCUGGACGAUCAGACUGAUGUUGGUUAUGUAGAUGACGGGACUCCCUGCGGUCCAUCUAUGAUGUGUCUGGACAGAAAGUGUCUUCCUAUUCAGUAUCUAAACCUGAGCUCUUGUGCCAAUGGACCCAACGGACACGUGUGUUCCAGUCACGGGGUGUGCAAUAAUGAGGCGACGUGUACAUGUGACACAACGUGGGCCGGGAUGGACUGCAGUCUGGCCGACCCUCCAAAAGAACCAGAACCUGAUGAAGACGAAGGACCCAAGGGUCCCAGCGCCACCAAUCUGAUCAUAGGGUCAAUCGCCGGGGCCAUCCUGGUGGCAGCUAUAGUCCUGGGCGGGACGGGAUGGGGGUUUAAGAAUGUCAAGCGGCGAGGAUACGACCCGAAUGCUUCUGCCAUCUAGUGGACUGAAGGAACGCUCCGGUCUCCAGAGCUCCUGUUGGGUUGCUGUUUUUUGCUAUACUUGAAAAAUAUUAGAUGUAAUAAUGAAUAAUUCAGCCAACAGUACCUUGGUUAUGUAGCUCCACCCACUUUUUUAUAAGCUCCACCUUUAUUUAUUUACCAGUCAGCCAAUCAGGCUUCACAACAGCCAGGCUUUAGCACUUGUUGGAAGGAUUUUCAUGGCUAAUGCACAUAUUCUGCAGAAUAUAGCGCUAAAAUUAAACUUUGAAGACAGCAAUAAUGUUGCCAACAUGAUCUCAGAGCCCUACACUGUAAAAAGUGAUGAUUUACUUUACUUAAAGUGAGUAAACCCGUUGUUUUAAACCACAAUGAUUCAUUAGUAUGGUGUAGGCCCUCCUCUUGUGUCAGUAGAGCAUCAGUUGAUAUUGGGAAUGACAGAUAACAGUCCUGCGCAGCGGCCAGAGAGAUUUCGAGCCGUUAAUUUCAGAAUAGUGUUCAGGUCAUUAUGUGAUGCUGCUGAUGGAUGCUGCUCCUCCAAAACAGCCCAAAGUGGCUCAAUAAUGUUUGGUCUGGGUACUGUGCAGGCCAUGGGAGAUGUUCAGCUUCACUUUCAUGUUCAUCAAACCACUCUGUCACCAGUUCUGCUGUGUGUAUUAGUGCAUUAUCAUCCUCAUACAAGCCACCGCCUUCAAGGCCCGUUCAUACUGGGAUGCUUUUUGCUCGUGUUUUUCAUCAUUGUUUAACGCCUCCUGA